AGUUCUCGUAUCAUCUCCGUGGUGGCGCAUGCAUCGCAGCAGCCAUUUGUCUUUUGUUCUCUCUCUUCACCUUCACUUCGUUUUUCAUUUCGGGAAGUGAUGGAUUAGACCACACAUUCUCUAGCAAAAAAAUAUAAAAAAACCUAAAAAAAAUAUAAAAAAUACAUAAAAAACCCAAAAAAAUUGAAAAAACUCUAAAAAUCAUAAAAUUUUGUGUUAAUUUAAGAACUGUUUUAUAAGAAGGCAAAAAAAGCAAAAAAAAAAGCAACCUAAGUGAAUCCGACAUUUUUUUCUCCCCGGAGUUGAGUGAUUUCACCAUCGUCGAUAAGUAGCGUGACACACUUUCUGAUUUCCCACGAGAUAGACGCAUUGAAAGCACUUAAAUAAUCCAAGAAAAUGGCAUCUCUCUAUGUUGGAGACCUUCACCAAGACAUCACUGAGGCUAUGCUCUUUGAGAAAUUCUCAACGGCGGGCCCCGUUAUGUCUAUUCGCGUGUGCAGGGAUAUGAUGACCCGACGAUCCCUGGGCUACGCCUACGUUAACUUCCAGCAACCCGCUGAUGCUGAACGUGCCCUGGAUACUAUGAAUUUUGACUUACUGAAGAGUCGUCCGAUUCGCAUAAUGUGGUCUCAGCGUGAUCCAUCAUUGAGGAAAUCGGGCGUGGGGAAUGUGUUCAUAAAGAAUUUGGACAAGAGUAUUGAUAAUAAGGCCAUGUAUGACACAUUUUCGGCCUUUGGCAAUAUCUUGAGCUGCAAAGUGGCCCAAGAUGAGAAGGGUUCUUCCAAGGGCUAUGGUUUUGUACAUUUUGAAACUGAAGAAUCAGCCAAUACGUCCAUUGAUAAAGUAAAUGGUAUGUUGCUCAAUGGCAAAAAAGUCUUCGUUGGCAGAUUCAUUCCGCGCAAGGAGCGCGAGAAGGAGCUGGGAGAGAAGGCUAAACUCUUCACUAAUGUCUACGUGAAGAAUUUCGGUGAUGAACUCAGUGAUGAAACGCUCAAAACCAUGUUCGAGAAGUACGGACCGAUUACCAGCCACAAAGUGAUGAUCAAAGACGACGGCAAAUCACGUGGUUUUGGUUUCGUGGCCUAUGAAAGUGCCGAAGCAGCUGAAGCUGCUGUUUCGGCACUCAAUGGCAAAGAGCUGAAUGAUGGGAAGAUGCUGUAUGUGGGCAGGGCACAGAAGAAGGCUGAGCGACAGAUGGAACUGAAGAGACGCUUUGAGCAAAUUAAGAAUGAACGACUGAGUCGCAGUCAAGGAGUUAAUUUGUAUGUGAAAAAUCUCGAUGAUACCAUUGAUGAUGAGAUUUUGCGGAAGGAAUUUACACAAUUUGGCACAAUAACAUCAGCCAAGGUGAUGAUGGAGGAUGGAAGGAGCAAAGGUUUCGGGUUUGUCUGUUUUUCAGCUCCGGAUGAGGCCACAAGGGCAGUGACGGAGAUGAAUGGACGAAUUGUGGGUACGAAACCGCUGUAUGUGGCAUUGGCACAGAGGAAGGAGGAUAGAAAGGCUCAUCUGGCCAGUCAGUAUAUGCAGAGGAUGGCAAAUAUGAGGAUGCAGCAGAUGGGACAGUUGUAUCAACCGAGUGGAGCUGCUGGGUACUUUGUGCCAAGUAUUCCGCCAACACAGAGGUUCUAUGGGCCUCAGAUGACACAGCUGAGGACGACACCGAGAUGGGCUACACAGCCGACAAUAAGGCAGGCGGGAGGUGUGCCGAAUGCCAAUUCGACGGCUGUGGCUGUUGGAGUGCCAACUGCUGGGUAUCCGAAUUUGUCAUCGGGAGCAGCAGCGGGUCAGUAUAGACCGGGAGGAGGUGCUAGUAGUGUGAGAUCGGGCCAGCAACCAGGGCAGGGUGGACAGAAUGCUCAGGCGUCGAUGAGGAAUGUGGCGAGGCCGAUAACGGGGCAGCAGAAUGCAGCUGGAGCUAUUCAGGGUCGACAGAUUGCAGCGCCAGUGGCAAAUGCCGGUCGGGCUGGAAACUACAAGUACACAACAAACAUGCGCAAUCCCCAGCAACAGCUAGUGUCCCUGGGCCAGACGCAGCCCGUGCAGCAGGCGGUGCAUGUGAAGGGUCAGGAACCACUGACGGCUUCUAUGUUGGCAUCGGCUCUUCCGGCAGAGCAAAAGCAGAUGCUGGGUGAGCGAUUGUUCCCGCUCAUUGAGAGUAUGUAUCCACAGAUGGCGGGCAAAAUUACGGGAAUGUUGCUGGAAAUUGACAAUUCUGAAUUGCUGCAUAUGUUGGAGCACAGUGAGUCACUCAAGGCAAAAGUGGAGGAGGCUGUUGCUGUCCUCCAGGCUCAUCAGGCAAAGCAGCAGGUUGUGACAUCUGGCAAAAUGGAAUUCAAGACACAGGAAUAGAAAAAAAACCAACAAGAAACAACAACAGCGAGAGAGAGAGGCAGAAAUUCGACAGGUAACAAGAAACAAGAAACAACAACAAAAAGGAAAAUGCGGCAAGAUCAGGACAGAGAGAGAGAAUCCACGUGAAUUUUCAAGUAUUUUCGUUCCUCUGAUGAUGGCAGAAAUCUCGUGAAUUUUAGGUGGCGGUUAAUUUUUUUUUCUCAUAUCCUUUUUCAAUUUUUGCGAUUUGUAAUUAUUACAUUUUUUUCUUCUUAAUUUCGACAAAACCCCAAUGAAUUGAGUUUUCUUUCAAUUUUCAAUUUUUGUAAACUGAUGGUUCCCUUCUGGAUCGAAAUAAACAACAAAAAAAUUGAUUUCUUUUAGUUCGAAGACUUUUCUACCACGAUGAGUUCUUUAUUUUUCUUCCACAGACACUUAGUUAAUAACACAAUAUUUUUAUACGUAAAAUGAACCUGUAUCGAAAAUCAAGGAAUAAAAAUUACAACAAUAAAGAAAUAGA